GGCCAAUGGAACUAGAUCCUCCCUGCAGUGCGUAACAGCGCAAUUUAGGAUUUAACCAAGUCUUUGCUGUGUGGCUUAGAGCAGUCUUCAAGAGAGAUCGCCAACGCCCGCACACACAAUGGUAGUGUAGACUUCAGACCCCUAUAGAGUUAGACUGCCCUCAACGUCUGUGCCACCGCGUUCUUCAAACUAUGACUGGAGUAUAUGACAGAAGGAUUCCGAGCAUCAAACCAGCAGAUUUUCAGAACCCUUUUCAGCUUUCCACCAUGCAUCACCCAUCUCAGGAAUCUCCAACUCUACCCGAGUCAACGACCACGGACUCUGGCUAUUACAGUCCUGCCGGAGGAGUUCACCAUGGCUAUUGUUCACCGAAUUCGAGCUCAUAUGGGAAACCUCUUAAUGCUUAUCAGUACCAAUACCACGGAGUCAAUGGAUCUGCUGGAAAUUAUCCUGCAAAAUCUUACCCCGACUACAGUUCAUACACCAGUGCUUACCACCAAUAUGCUGGAACAUACAGCAGAGUACAGUCACAAUCGAGUCCCCAAGAAAAAGAGACAGCUGAGCCCGAAGUGAGAAUGGUAAACGGGAAACCCAAGAAAGUCCGGAAGCCUCGAACUAUCUACUCCAGUUUUCAGCUUGCUGCUUUGCAGCGACGUUUUCAGAACACACAGUACCUCGCCCUUCCAGAGAGAGCCGAGCUCGCAGCGUCGUUAGGACUAACGCAAACGCAGGUUAAAAUCUGGUUCCAGAACAAGAGAUCGAAACUGAAGAAAAUAAUGAAAAAUGGCGAACUACCGCCUGAGCAUAGCCCCAGCUCAAGUGACCCCAUGGCAUGCAAUUCACCUCAGUCUCCUGCGGUGUGGGACUCGCAAGGUCCCUCGAGACCUCAUAAUCACCAGCAGCAGAAUAUCAAUACGGGGGCAUCCACGUUUUUGGAAAAUACCGGCUCUUGGUACUCCACCGCUGGUACAAUGAAUUCUCACCUUCAGCCUCCCAACUCGAUACAGCACUCGUUGGUUCUUGGAUCAGGAACGUUGUACUGAAACUCGUCUAAUAUUUUCUUGUAUCGGACUGGUGUUAAAUUUUCUAAGGAAUAUGCAAUGUAUUAA